AUGUCUUCAUCAAGGGACAACGACGAGACCAGACCGACCGUUGAUCAUGAACGAACUCCUUUACUGCCCGACCUGGACCUGGACAGGCGAGCAAAGGCGAAUCCUGCUAUCACUCCUCUGCCGAAACUACAGAUUGGCGUUCUGCUGCUCCUGCAAUUAGGAGAACCCAUUACAUCACAAUGUAUCUAUCCGUUCAUCAACCAGCUGGUCAGUGAGCUGGAUAUCACAGGUGGCGAUGAGAGAAAGGUUGGGUACUAUGCCGGCCUAAUUGAGUCCCUAUUCUUCCUCACUGAGGCAAUGUUUAUCCUACAAUGGUCCCGAGUCUCGGAUUACAUUGGUAGGAAGCCGGUUUUAUUGAUAGGUACAGCGGGGCUCUGUACCUCCAUGAUAUGCUUUGGUUUGUCAAGAACGUUCUGGCAGCUUGUCGUGAGCCGUUGUCUCGUAGGAGCUUUGAAUGGCAAUAUUGGUGUCAUGAAAAGCAUGAUGGGAGAACUGACAGAUCAUACUAACAUGGCGCAAGGAUUUUCGUUCAUGCCAAUCGUCUGGUCAUUCGGCGCGACACUUGGCCCCUUGAUAGGCGGACAAUUAGCGAAACCUCAUGAUAGGUGGCCGCGCAUCUUCACUAGCCGCUUUUGGAUCGACUACCCUUACUUCCUGCCUUGCGCUACCUCCGCUGCCUUCUGUGCUGUCGUCUUCGCGAUCGUCGCAGUCUUUCUGAAGGAGACCGUACAAAAGAAGCGUUUUAAAAUUCCAUCGGGAACAACCGAGACAGACGAAAGUUUGCAUGCUCUCGAAGAAGUCUUCGAGGCCCCUGCACCACUCCGCUCGCUGCUCAUUUGGCCCGUCCUAUUGUCCGUUGCCAACUACGGCGCGCUCGCAUUUCUCGAAAUCGCAUACCGCGCUACCCAGCCUCUCUUCUACUCGACGCCAAUCGAGCUGGGCGGCCUUGGAUUCUCACCCGCGACCAUCGGCGCUCUUUUAGGCACGUGGGGAGUCAUGAACGGCUCUGUUCAGGCUCUGUUCUUCGCCCCUGUCGUGCGACGCUGGGGCCCGAAGCGUGUGUUUAUGGCUGGCAUGUCGACCUUCGUCCCGCUGUUUUCACUGUUCCCACUGAUCAACGCGCUGGCUUUCCGAACGGGGAUGACUCCAGCCGUAUGGGGCGUCGUGUUCUUGCAGCUGACGGUCUCCAUCGUCAUGGAUAUGUCCUUUGGCUGUAUCCUGAUGUUCGUCACUACCUGCGCGCCGAACAGGAGAUCGCUCGGUGCGACGAACGGGGUUGCGCAAGUCGCAGGGUCGGUCGUGCGCGCGGUUGGGCCUGCUUUCGCGACGUCAACAUAUGCGCUGUCACUGGAACAGAACUGGCUGGGAGGCUACGGCGUCUAUCUUAUUCUCAUCGUGAUAGCGUGUGCGCUGUUCACGGUCACCUUCCCCCUUCCAUACGAGACAUGGACGAUGGAUAACAAGAUAUCCGCGCAGAACAUUGCUUCAUAG